AUGAAAUCUCACAAUGACUGCUUCCUCGGCUCAGAGGCUGUGGAUGUGGUGGCAGAACACCUUAAGCUCUCCAUGAAUAUUGAAGGUGUAUAUGUGACGCGUGAUAAAGUGCAGUGUGUGUGCCAGGCACUGUUGGAUUGCAAUGUUUUUGAGGUGGUGGGAACAAAAUCAGCUGGAAAAGACAAGAAGCAACUGUUUCAGGACUGUAAAAACUCUCUUUACAGGUUCAUUGGUGUACAUAUACCAUCUGUUGACGAGCUUGAGAGGGGAGUUCUUGCUGUGGGACUUCAACACUUUUUUUGCAAUGUCCCAUUAGAAAGACUUGAGGAGCAGACAAUUCCCAAUAGAUCUCAUGUUGAAAUGGUCGUUCCCGACAUGGACAACCUGACACUGGAGGCCGCUGUUAACAGUUUGACUCCAAGUCCAAGAAAGGUCCAAGCAGAAGCCAAAUUACCACAGUCAUUUAUCAAUGAAGUUUGGCAGGAGCUGACUCUGCUGCGUCUCUUGAACUUGGUGGAAGUCCCUGUGCUGGAUGGGAUUCUCCAGUACAGUCCAACUCCAGCGUCUCCUCAAAAAGAGCAGCAGCUGCAUAAUAGCUCACAUCUCGUUCACAGCAGCCACUUUCUUGAUCGGAAGAUUCUCGAAGCUUUUAGGGACUCCCAGGAGGAUGAGUGGCUGAGAGCUGCCUUGAAUUGUCUGGAUUAUCUGCCGGACCAGUUUGUGGUGGAUUUGAGCAGGGCACUCUCUCGAUGCUUCUCUGAUGAUCCUAGUGAAGUACAAGAGUCAAGUUAUGAACAGCCCGUGCUUUCGUCUGGCAGUUUAAAUGAGUUUAAGCUUUUGGUGUAUGGAGCCUUGGCCAAGCACUACAGCCACACAGCCAGAGCUCCACUGAUGCCUCAACACAUGACUGACAUUUACAACGCCAUCAUUGAACUACUUGUGACAGCCAAGUUGGGCACGGCUCUGGAGGCCUUGCAGUUGUGUCUGAAGCUGUUGCCCCACAACAAUAGAGAAGAGCUGUGUCGACUGUUGACCUUCAUGGCUCUGGCAGCCAAACCACAGGCAGUCAAACUAGAGACCGAAAUGGUAAACAGAUUAGCAGUGAAGAGGUCAUUCUCUAGGGCCAUUCUUCACAGCAAAAGUCUCACAAAGGAAAAAGAAGACCUGAUGGUUGUCUUCAUGCUCAGCAAUAUCCAUGAAAUCUUUAAGAUUCCUGGUGCUCUGCACAAAGAAGUGAGUGACAAGUUAGCACAACAUGUUCAAGGAGAGCCUGGUGUGACUGGCUCUUCAUAUUGUAUUCAGAUCUCAAAAAGAAGAUAUGCAGACUCAACAAAGACAACUACCAAUGAAGAAUUAUGGAAACUAUUGGACAAUAUUCACUGCAUCAACACGGUCCACGCUAACGUUAGCCAUCUCAAAUCGUUUGGAUAUAAAAGUACUUCAGGGCUGCAGUUAAUAUUAAAGUCCAGGAUGCCCAAAGAUUCAGAUGAGUCCAGGGAAGGGGGAGCAGCAUCAAAAGAAGAGAAGCCUGAGAAAACAUCAGAGAUGGUGAGGAAUAGAGGGCGAGGACAAACCCCAAGCCCACACAGAGGAAGCGCUCCUCAAGCCAGUCCUCUCCCUGGGUGUGUCUCCACUGAAGAUCUCAUGGAAGCCGCUAAAGGAGUCGCUAAUAUGGCUUUGGCCCAUGAGAUUGUUGUGAACCAAGUUUUUCAAGUGAUGCCCUCAGAACUUCCAGAAGAAAGUUUGGAACGCAAAGUCAAGGAGAUUAUGCACAAAGCAUUUUGGGAUUCUUUGGAUUCACAACUAAAGGAUGAGCCUCCUUCGUAUGACCAUGCUAUUAAAUUACUAACUAGUAUUAAAGAGACUCUCUUGGGUUUCUUGCUACCUGGUCACGGGCAAAUGCUUCGACGUCGCAUUGAGGAAGUUUUGGACCUGCCCCUGAUUCAGCAGCAGGCUGAGAAAGGAGUGCUCAAUAUUGCGCAGCUUUCCCAGUUCAUUGUUGGCAUGAUGGGGAGUCUGUGUGCUCCAUGUAGAGAUGAGGAUAUCAGUAAGCUAAAAGAGAUCACAGAUAUAGUACCACUGUUGAAAUCCAUUUUCAAUGUGUUGGACCUGAUGAAGCUGGACAUGGCUAACUUUACUGUGAGCAGCCUCAGGCCUCAUCUGAUGCAGCAGUCAGUGGAGUAUGAAAGGACCAAGUUCCAGGAGUUUCUUGAUAAACAACCUAAUGCCUUGGAUUACACUGAGAAGUGGUUAACGGAUACUUUAAACACUAUUGGAGAGCCGGCUGUUGCCGGUGCUUCUGAUUGUCCAUCUAUUCUUCCACUGAACGUUCAUAAUCGGGCCUAUCUACGCCUGCUCAGAUGGGACCACUCUGCAGAACCCUUCCCAGAGACCAUAUUAAUGGAUCAGAUGAGGUUCCUGGAGAUGCAGCAAGAAGUUGAGCACCUAGUUUUACAGUCUUCUAUCCUUCUCAUUGUAUACACUACGACAGGAGAAGCAAUAUCAGGCUUACCUGGACUAAUGGACACACUAAAAACCACUGUUAAUGUCAUGCUAGCUGACAUGCACUCCUCGACGUUUUCUGCACAAGAUGCUUUAUCCUCCAUUGGGGAGAAAUUGUGUGUUGAGCUUAAUGACUGUCUGAGCCAGCAUGGUUACUCCCAAUACUCAACUGACACAAAAGCCACUUUAAAGGGGCAGAUUAAUGCAGCUAUCCUACCAGACAAUGCAGUUCGAAAACUCAUAGAAUCUAGAGUUCACAGUUAUCUACUCACUUCUCUGGAGUCUACUCAACAACCGACCCAGUCAGCACUACCAGGAGGUUUGGCCCCGGUGGGCAAAGAGCUGAGGGAGCUGGCUGUUCGCUUUAGUCUCGUUCUUUUUGAAGGUAUGGCCUCACAAGUCUUGAUCUACCCAUCGCACCCGCACUCAACUCAGACAAGUGCCUUAGGAACCAGCAGUAGUGGUACCGGCAGACAGCCAAGUGAAGCCCAUUGUGGUAACACCAGCAGCAGAGCCUUUCAGCAUCGACCCCCACCCAAAACCUAUGUGAUCGGAGUCAACUACGGUAUCGCAUAUCCCAACAACGUUAUUCCAUCAGGUACCACCCAGAGAUGUGAGCAAAAGACCGGUAAAGGUGGAGAACAACCACAGGACAAGAGCUGUGCUGGAGGCAUGCAGAUAGUAGAGGAGGUAUCUGCUGUGCUUCCGGCCGCUGUGACCAUGUUACAAAGCAGCUCAAGGAACAAUGCAGACACUGUGAGAGGAGGGGGUGAGGGGCUGCCACUCGCUCAGCACAAGGGGAGUGGCACUGGGACGGCUGCGGAUGGGACAGAAAAUAGGCCCAAGGGGAGCAAUGAGACUGGGGCUGGAGCCACAGUAACCAGGACCGGAAGUGGGGAUGGGGACUAUCAGCUAGUCCAACAUGAGGUUUUGUGCUCCCUGAAGAACAGUUAUGAAGUGUUGGAGUUCUUGGGUCGUGGGACUUUUGGUCAGGUAGUAAAGUGCUGGAAGAGAGGAACCAAUGAAGUUGUGGCUGUGAAAAUCCUGAAAAACCACCCCUCCUAUGCACGGCAGGGACAAAUUGAGGUGGAGAUACUGGCCCGUUUGAGCAACGAGAACGCAGAUGAGCACAACAUCGUGCGUGCACUGGAGUGCUUUCAGCACCGCAGUCACACCUGCCUGGUCUUUGAAAUGCUGGAGCAAAACCUUUAUGACUUUUUAAAACAGAAUAAGUUCAGUCCACUGCCACUCAGGAUCAUCAGGCCCAUUUUGCUGCAGGUGGCCACAGCUUUAAAAAAGCUCAAGUGUCUGGGUUUGAUUCACGCAGACCUAAAACCUGAAAACAUCAUGCUUGUGGACCCCUCCCGACAGCCCUACAGAGUAAAAGUAAUUGAUUUUGGUUCUGCAAGCCAUGUCUCCAAAGCAGUCUGCUCCACAUACCUCCAGUCCAGAUACUAUAGGGCUCCAGAGAUUAUUUUAGGCCUGCCAUUUUGUGAGGCCAUCGACAUGUGGUCACUGGGCUGUGUUAUAGCAGAAUUGUUCCUGGGCUGGCCCCUGUACCCCGGAGCUCUGGAGUAUGAUCAGAUCCGGUACAUUUCUCAGACUCAGGGGCUUCCGGGUGAGCACCUGUUGAACAAGGGGACCAAGACAUCUCGCUUUUUCACCAAAGAGUCCGACUCUCCCUAUGCCUCGUGGAGACUUAAGACAACAGAAGAGCAUGAGAAAGAAACGGGGCUUAAAUCCAAAGAGGCUCGAAAGUACAUCUUCAACUGUUUGGAUGACAUGGCACCCGUGAACUUGGUGCUGAUUCCCGACAACUGUGACAUGCAGGCAGAGAAGGCUGACCGCAGGGAGUUUGUGUCUCUGCUGAAAACGAUGCUCUUGAUAGACGCCGAGGACAGAACGGUUCCCUCCAACGUGCUCAAUCAUCCCUUCCUCACCAUGACUCACCUGCUGGACUACCCACACAGUAGCCACGUGCAGUCAUCGUUCCGUGUCAUGGACAUGUGCCACUGUCGAGUCGGUGGCGUGUUUGAGGCUUUGAACCAGAACACCAUCCAUUUCCCGCGGCCGCCUGUGCCCCCUACUGCCCCUGUUAUCCCACUUGGCUACAGUAACAUACCAGUCCACACUCAGACUAUCACCCAAUCAGCACAGUUGCAUCCUGGGAUAGCUUUAUCAACCACCAACAACCAGUUUGGCCUCGGUGACUCAUUCCCUCCACCUGCCCUUCUACUCUGUCCUCCAUCCAUGCAAGGAAAUAUUAACCAACCAGCAGGGUAUUCUGUUCCCAUGGUUACUCAGGCCCCACCCAUACAACCACUACCGGUGAGACCAGGGCUUAUAGCUCAGCAGGCUUGGUCUAGUCGAGGACAACAGCUCCUUGUCCCAGCGGCUUGGCAACAGAUGACUCCUGUUGGACCUCCUCCCUCGCACCCUCCUCCCCCUCCUCCAUCAGCACUCAACGACACAAAUACGUCUGGCCCCCAACGUAUUGAUUGGGGGAAAGUACGUCCUCACAGCAGUCAUUACAACUCAAUGAUUCAACAGUCGUUACUCACAAAUCAGAUGCCCACUCAUCAGCCCAUUAAUGUUGGAAUAGCGCAUGUCGUGUGGCCUCAGCCCACGAGUAAGAGAAACCGGCACAAUCACAACAGAAAUCUUUCUCAACCCACUAACAUCCACACAUCAGUUUGCCGCACCCCCAAGAUGGCAGACGUUGUGGGGCAAAUUGGCACAACAACAAAGCCGUCAUCACAGAGAGAUGCUCCGGAAGUGGAGAACAAGGCCCCAGUCGCUCAAAACACCAGCAAGGAGGAAACAGACGCUGUGAAGAAUGUGACCUGCUACAAAGACGAAGUGCUGAACAGUAAGAGGCAGGCCGACAGUCAUCCCCAGAGAGAUGUGGCGGUGUUGAUGGGAGACACGCCCAGCCCCUCUCCCAGUGUCAUCAGCAUCCACAGCGAGGCCACGGACGGAGAGGCUGAGGAGGAGCCACCCUUGUGUCGUCUGAGAGGGUGCAAAGAGGAGUGUGCCUGUGAGGCUUGUCGAAGCACCAGUCUGUCUAUGGAGAGGGUGUGCUCUCUCAGCAGCCCUGAGAGCAGUCUGAGCACCAGCUCUUUUGCCUCUAACUCAGUUCAGUCCAGCCCCUCCGCCUCUCCGUGCAAGAGGCCCAACAGCAUGUCAGAGGAUGACGGUCAUGAAAGUGGUUGUGAGACGGUCGAGGGGUCACCCACGUCUGACGCAUCCGCUUCUCCACGUGGCAACAGCUCCUACCAUUUCCUGGACAGCAACAGUAACCAUAGUAACCACUCUGCUUUGGCUGCUGUGGCACCGCUCUCUGCUCCGGCCUCACAGAACCGGGCUCCUCGUGGUGUGAGGACGAUGGUGGUUCCCCCCAUGAGAGUCCACAACAACCCCACACGUGGGACAGAAGACCGAGUGCACAGAAUGGAGUCCUGGUCCCGGUCCAAAGGGCGUUGCAACCCAGGACAGCAGAGGCACCAUUCGUCAGGCCCCCUCCACCCCCCCGUCCCUCACCUUUCCCGACAGCAAAAGCUUUCAGGACAACAGGCCCACCUCUUGGGCUUUGGGCAGGUGCAGCAGUACGGUUCCAACCACAGCAAAGAAUGGAACGGCAACUUUGGGCCUCUGCGACCUCAUGCCUUCAUCACCCCAAAUGUCCACACACACACUUUCCCACACCUGCCCCACAGCAGCCCCACGCACACUUCAGCCCCCACCCUGCUGUCCUACCCGGGCAACGCCACCCACCACCCGCACCACAUCCUGUCUUCUCGCCCUCCCCCUCUCCUCCAGCACAGCUACGGGCUGUCCCACCAAGGAGGAGCAAUAGUCCACCAGGUGACCCUCGGCAUCAGCACCCACCCGCACCACCAGCCCGCCUACGGCCCCCACCCACACCAGCAGCCUGCAUACGCCCACCACCCGCACCACCCGUUCAAGCCCCCUUUCCCGCCGCCCGCCCAUCCAUAUAUGGCAUCACCGGCCACGGCUUACACCGGCUUUCCUCUGAGCCCCACCAAGCUCAGCCACCACCCCCAGUUCUCAUAUAUCUGA